AGUCCACGUCCCGUCGCAUCUCCGGGGCCAGGAGGAUCUCCUUUUUUUUUUUCCUUCCUCCCCCAAGUAUAGUUUGCCUGUUUUGUUACAGCCAAAGACUUUGAAAUACAACCUAAAGAUGACCACGACAACGACGUUUCAAGGAAUGGACCCUGGUGCUAAAAGCAGCUCCAGGGUACUACGACCGCCUGGUGGGGACUCCAGCAUCACCUUUGGUACCGAUGGCAACACAAGCCCCCGCAAGGACAAGAUGGCCUCUAACAUCUUUGCAGAACCUGACGACCCUCAUGCUCAUCGGAGGAACAACCCACCCACUGGGGCGCCCACGGGAACCCUGUGUGGGGAGCCCUCUGCCCCUCUGAGGCGGUGUCAGCAGCCUCUCCUCUUCCCCAAAAACCCUCAGCCGGAACUGACCACCAUCCACAACUCUGGGGCCGCCAUGGUCUGGAACCAGAGACGAGAGGUUGAGAAUGGAGAAGAGCAAGCAAGAGAUGAAUGUCCCGAAGACGAGGAGGAGCCGGAGGAGCAGGUGCAGGGGGAGUCGUCACAGCCCCCUGCACCCUCGGGAGGUGCCAAUGCCGCCGCAGGCGGCCGGAGAAACCCUCCUGGUGGCAAGUCCAGCCUCAUCCUGGGUUGAGACCACUCCUUUCUCUUUUUUUUUUCUUUUUUUUUUUUUUCAUUCAAACAUUUUUUGUUUCAAUUUUUUUGAUGAUAAAUACCCUCAUCACUUUUUUCCUCCUCAUCAGCAUUUCACGACCCUCCCCUCCCAUGCGCUCACACUGUUACGUCCAUGGACCCUCGUGUCCUCUCCCUCCACCCUCAAACCUUUUGUUUUGAUCCUUUUUUUCUAUUAAAACAAAAAAACUGUUGAUAAAGCACUUUAUGUACGCCCCUCACCCCCCUCCCACUCCAUUUCAGCCCAUCCUGUAGAGCAUUACGCCUGCUGGGAAAGGCACGACAUUUAGCUUGCCCCUCAUCUCCCCCCGUUGUAAAUGGUAAAAGACAAAAAUGAUAAAGAUUUGAUGCGUGGAUUUUAAAUACAAUAAAGAUUCAUAUGAAAUUUC